AUGCAGCGCGGAACCUGCUUCAUCAACUAUGAGGAUUUCCGGGAAUGCUUCGAUUCCUACAAGAAGGAGACCAAGCUGAGUUUCAUGCUCCAGAGCUGCGUAUCCGUCCAGCAGCACAACCUCAAGCAUGGCACUGAUAUCCGCGAGGACAUCAUAUAUACUCAGGUGAAGUUUCGCUGUUCCAAGCUGCAAGGACACAAUGGUAAAAGAAAGUCUUCGGAUGCCAUCUGCCCGGCCUAUUUUUUUCUGCAGUAUGAUUCCGUAAUAGAUCGACUUGUAGUUAAAGAAGAAUACUCCACCCAUGUCCACACCAAGCAGACAAGUCUGCCAGCGUCUCCCCCUACACUUUCACAGGAAAUAGUACAUUCUGAAUGUGGGGAGCUGGAAUCCCCAUCUAAAAAGAGAUGCGGUGAAACGAUAUCUCUAACUCUAGAUACAGAAUAUAAUGAAAAUCUUCAACUGCAUGUGCCAUGUGAAGAUGAGAGCUUGCCCUUGGAGGGAAACGAGAGCAGUGAAGCUGGUUCUCCCAAUGCCAGCAUAGACUGUGUUCAGGAGGUGUUGUCUAUAGAGGCUAUUUCACGCUUAGGUGAUUUGAUGAAAACAUUUCAAACCAAAGAUAUUGGUUCCAAAGCCUUGUUAAGUAUUGGAAGUGAACAACAGUUGGAGCAAAUAAGCUUUCAAACAAGUAAAAUGUGUGGCUUGUUUGUAAAGUUCCCUGAGAGCCUUCUGAUCCACAUGGUAGUCAGUAAAGGUGGAUACACAGUCUAUGCUUUUCUAGUGGAAAACGCAGAGCGCAGAGGAAAGGUAAUUAACUUUUCUUUCAUUAGAGAGGAUAAUGCAAAGGAGGUCACCAAAAUGUUAGAAACCUUUAAAAAUUUCAACCCAGAAUGGCAAAAGGUAAAGAUUAUCUAUACGGAUAUCUAUUUCAGACACAGGGAUACCUUGAGAGAGGCAUUUCCUUCAGCCAGGACUCUACUGUCUGUGUUCCAUACUGUGCGCUUCAUUGAAAGAGAGAUUAAGGGAUCGUCUUGCUUCAAGGAAUGGCUGCGCAAAUGGAUCGAUGAUGCCAUCCAUCACACUAACCCAGAGAAACUGAAAUUCUUAGCGGAGCAAAUACAGUACAAAUUGGACAAAAAGGUGUAUGAAAACCUUUACACAAAUUGGUUCUCUUGUGAAUUGCUGUGGUACAUGCAUAUGAAGAAAGGUUUGCAUUCUAGUAACCUGUACAUGGACAGCUUAGGCUUGGUGAAUGAUACCAUCUCCAGCCUACUUGAAAAAGAUUUAUCCAUGGAAGAAAAAAUUCAGCAGUUUGUUGAAUCUGCAGAUCAUUUCAAUAGCAAGGGGUUAGAAAACAAAAGGGAUAGCUGUUUGGAUUUUUCCAAGAGUAAUGUUAAAGUUCCAAAAAAGAGAAGAACGAAGGCAAAGUCUAUUGAUUCUCCACAGCAGUCAACCCGGCCCGCUUUGAAAAAGAAUGCUAGUUUAUCAAAGGUUAUGGACGCCUUAGGCCACAAACCCAAGCCGUUGCCUUCCAAACUACAGAAAACGUCAGACAAAAUGCUACUUUCUUUGAAGAAGAACUGCAACGACCUUGGCUUUCAGCUGUGCCGUAAAGAGUGGGAAGUGGUUCAGAAGUCUAGCCAACUUAUAAGUGUGCAGACCACUUCUAUUCAUGUCCGGUUUCUGGAGGAAUCCCAUCAAGUCUCUCAGGAUGGAGUGUCCUGCACUUGCUUUUUUAAUACUCGUUAUAAGCUGCCAUGUAGACAUAUCUUAGCCAUGCUUCUUACAAACAAAAAGCUGGUUGACAGAGACAUGAUCAGUGUCAGGUGCCAGAAGAGGUCCUUAAAACCAAUGGCACACGACAAGAUAUUGGAGACGGUACUUUGCAAUACUAAAUCUGAAGAUGAAGCUAACAAAAGGGUAGACAUGAUCAACAGUCUGGUCAUGGAAUUUGGUAAUUUACUCCUGCAGGGUGAUGAGUCGGAAAUGCAUGUUAGAGCUACUACGCUACAGAAAAUGGUGGAUAUGUGGCACAAAGAGUCGAACAAUAAGAAAGAACAUCUUGCUGAGAGCAACGUUAACAACCUGCCUUACAAAUGGGUGAAGAAGGAACCCAAUGAAGGAGAAGCAAAUCCUGACUGUUGUGAGCUGUACAGACUGAACACUUGA